UUGUGAUGACAUUUGUGCUAGCAGCGCGGUAGGAGAAGUUACCACUCCGCAGGGAAACUGUAGCUACCACCGCAGAACUGGAGUAAACUGCUCAUGUCGUCUUUGGCGAGCGCGGAGCGACGUGCGUUCGCUCUGAAAAUCAACAGACACUCGUCUGCUGAGAUCAGGAGACACUUCGGUGGGAACUAUGGGUCCCCCCAGGUCUCCAAGCAACAUAGUCGUCACAGCUCCAACGCAUCAGUCUCCACUUGCUCCACCGUGCCCCAGUCAUAUGACGCGGUGGAGCCCUUGGACCUGGAAGAGUUUCUGAUGUCACAGCUACGGAGUGGAGACUCCGCCCUCAUGCAGGAGCUUGGAGAUUUCCCCGACGACGACCUGGAAGUAGAACUGUUGGAGAAGGAGUGUCGGACCGUACGCCACUCUGUACCGGAGGAGGGGGUGGAGUUGGAUUCCCAUGUCAGGGACUGUGUUCAGAGUUACACCCAACCCUGGCUGAUGGUCAGCAGGAGGUGCCAGGGAGAUAGUUGGAGUGCAUAUUCGGAGCGGGCAUGUCUACACAAAACUCUGCAGAAACAGACAUUUGAGUCUGACGUGCAGCCAGAGAAACCAGAGACACCGGUGAAGUCCCCGUCCCUGGCGGUACUGAGUGAUGACUCCAGCAGGACCCUGACCUCCUCUGACUUUGACCUCCGCUCUGGUCUGACCCCUGACCCCAGAGUGGAGGGGCUGCUGCACUUCAGUAACCAUGACGACCUGGACAGAUUCAACCAGGAAGCCCGGCAGGGGAACCGCCACCCUGAGCUGUUUGCCCUGUACCCACCCGCCGACGAGGAUGAUGCAGUGGAGAUCCGGCCCAUUCCCGACUGUCCCAAAGAGCACAUGGGCGACCGGAUCAUCAUCCGGUGUCAAGCCAUCAAGUUUGAGAUUGACAUUGAACCACUAUUUGCUACCCUGGCUCUGUACGACCUGAGAGAGAAGAAAAAGAUAUCCGAGAACUUCUACUGUGAUCUGAACUCAGACCAGUUUAAAGGGUUCCUGAAACCCCACACGCCACAGACGGACCACUCCACCCUCUCCCGAGCAGCCAUCUUCUCCAUCACAUACCCCUCCCCAGACAUCUACCUGGUCAUCAAGAUAGAGAAGGUGCUGCAGCAGGGAGAGAUCAGUGACUGUGCGGAACCAUACAUGGUCAUGAAGGAGACGGACUCAGCAAAGAACAAGGAGAAGCUGGAGAAGCUGCGUAAUCAGUCUGAGAUGUUCUGUCAGAGACUUGGUCGCUACCGCAUGCCCUUUGCCUGGGCUACAGUCAACAUCAUGAACGUCAUCAGCACCGCCACACUGGACCGAGACACCACCGACUCUGACAGCCUCAACGGUAAAUCCAGCAGUCUGGAAAAGAGAGGUCAGUUGCCCAGGAGGAACUCAGAGAGGUUCGGUACCAUGGAAGACCAGUGUAACAUGUCUGCCUUCAAACCUGCUACCAUCACCAUCAGCACCUUCUGCAAGCAGGAGGGGGACCGUCUGAGUGAUGAGGACUUGUUUAAGUUCCUGGCAGACAUCAAGAAGUUCUCAUCCCUGCAGAGAAGAAUUAAAACCAUACCAGGUACAAUAAGACUGGAUGUGACUCCGGUCCAUGACAACCCAGUGGCCUGUCUGUCUACUGAGCUGAUCCCAGUCAAACCACUGGCUGAGAAGAACGUCCGACCUGUCAAAGAGGUGUUGGAGUUCCCCUCCAGCGAGGUCUAUGUUCCACACAGCACUUACAGGAACCUGCUCUAUGUAUACCCCCAGCGACUCAACUUUGUCAACAGGCUGACUUCAGGAGGAAGGAAUAUCACUAUUAAAAUCCAGUUUAUGAGUGGAGAAGACCCCAGCUGUGUGAUGCCUGUCAUUUUUGGAAAAUCGAAUGGUCCUGAGUUUGUGCAGGAAGUAUACACCCCAGUCACGUACCAUAACAAGUCACCAGACUUCUAUGAGGAGGUGAAGAUGGUUCUGCCUGCCAGGCUGACUGAGAGACACCACCUGCUGUUCACAUUCUACCACAUCAGCUGUCAACAGAAACAGAACCAGACUGGAGCCAGUGAGACACUCAUAGGUUACUCUUGGCUGCCUAUACUGAGUACUGACAGACUACAGACUGGUCAGUACUGCCUCCCUAUCGCCCUGGACAGAUUGCCUGUCAACUACUCACUGCACUCACCUGAGAGGAUUACCCCUCAGGUUCCUCCAGUCAAGUGGAUGGAAAGUCACAAAGGAGUUUUCAACCUGGAGAUACAGGCUGUGUCCUCAGUACACACACAGGACAACCACUUGGAGCGUUUCUUCACAUUGUGCCAUGCCCUGGAGGGCGGAGUGACGUUCCCUCUCCGGGUUCGGGAAGAGAAGAUUCCGGAGAACAAGCUGGAGCAUGAGCUGAAGCUGAGCAUCAUCUCCCUGUCGUCCUCCAGACUAGAACCUCUGGUCCUCUACCUCCAUCUGGUCUUAGAUAAACUGUUCACCCUCAUCAUGCAGCCCAUGGUCAUCGCUGGACAAACAGCCAACCUGGCCCAGAUAGCGUUUGAGUCAGUGGUGUCAAUCGUCAACAGUCUCCACAACAGCCAGGAGUUGGCCAGGGACCAGCAGGGCAGGAACGGUCUCCUAGCAACAUACCUGUACUGGGUGUUCCGUCUGCCUGACUCCAAUGAGCUCCUUAACACAGGUCCAGGGGGUGUGGUACCUCCCACUGAGGGCCGCUACAGUACAAUGGGGCGGGCCUCGGCCACCACAGUAGGAACCAUGUUACUGCAGUCCCGGCUCCGCAGCAGCAGCAACCCUGAUAUCCCUGCCCCACACAGUGCAGAAGACACAGAGGUGAAAAACAUCCUGGCAGCUAAGGGCCAGAACAACCCAGGCAGUCGUAUGUCGACCUAUGUGGAUGUGAGCAGCCACCCUCAGAGCUCUACGGGCGGGACCCGGCCCUCCAACAGAAAACAGUUCCAUGAAGAGUUGGCUCUACAGAUUGUGGUCAGCACAGGAGUCUGCAGAGAGAACGCAUAUAAAUAUGCCUGGUUCUUCUUUGAACUGUUGGUGAAGAGCAUGGCCCAGCAUGUGUCUCAGCUGGAGAAGCAAGACGUCCCUCGCAGGAGCCGCUUCUCAGACCGCUUCAAAGAUGAUGUCACAACCAUCGUCUCUGUGGUUACUGCUGAGAUAGGGACCAUCCUGGUCAAACAGCAGAAGGAGUUGGAGCAGGCAGAGAAGGUGAACAUCAGCCUGGCCUUCUUCCUGUAUGACCUGCUGUCUCUAAUGGACCGAGGCUUUGUCUUCAUCUUGGUCAAAAACUACUGCAACCAGAUGUCGACAAAGACCGUUUCCAUGCCAACCCUGAUUAGCAUGCGGUUGGAGUUCCUGCGUAUCCUGUGCAGUCACGAGCACUACCUCAACCUCAGCCUUUACUUCAGUAGCCCUGCCUCUGCACCCGUCUCUCCAUGCCCAUCCAUCUCCUCACAGAGCUCCAGUUCCUGUAGUUUCCAGGAGCAGAGGAUCCUGGGGCUGUUCGAGCUGUCCCAGGAGUUUAAACAGCAGCACUACCUCGCUGGUCUACUGCUCACUGAGCUCAGCGCUGCACUGGACAUGGAGUCAGAGGGGGGUAAGGUCCAGAAAAAGGCCAUCAACGCCACCUACAGUCUGCUGUGUGCCCAUGACCUGGACCAGCGCUGUACCCGUCCUGACGUCCGGGCCAAGGUGGCCACUCUCUACCUCCCCCUGGUGGGCAUCAUCAUUGACUCCAUCAACUACCUGGACUUCACAGUGUCCGAGGCUCGCGGAGGGAAGAGUAAGACUGGAGGGGCAGACGAAGACCCCGACAACAUCACGCCCAUUAACCAGUCUAUUGCUAUGGCGAUCGCCGGCAAUCCCUUCAACACCUUGGCGAGGAAUGCCCUGGCUUCCAUGGCGUCUGUGCAGUCUGCUAAGGCAGUGGCCACCCUGUCAGCAGAGACCAGUCGUAACCUGCUGCUGUGUUUCCUGUGGGUGAUGAAGAACGCUGAGAGGAGUCUGAUCCAGCGCUGGACUGUAGACAUGCCCUCCGCACAGCUCAACAGACUGCUAGAACUACUCACCAUCUGUGUUUCCUGCUUUGAGUACAGGGGGAAGCGGAGUAGUGAUAAGGUGAGCACGCAGGCCUUACAGAAGUCCCAGCAGGCCAAGAUGCAGCUGGAGGACUCCCUACUGAGGGGCAUCGGAGCCCGGGGGGAAAUGAUGCGACGGGCUGGAGGAAGUGACCGUGCAGGUCAGAGAGUGAACCUGCGCUGGAGAAAAGACCUGACACAGUGGAGGCAGACCAAUGACAAACACGACAAAACCAAAGCAGAGCUGGACCAGGAGGCUCUGAUCAGUGGGAAUCUGGCUACCGAGUCCAACCUCAUAGUCCUGGACCUACUGGAGACCAUAGUACAGGCUGUUCCAUUGGCUGACUGUAAGGAAAGUGUUGUGGGUGGUGUGUUGAGGGUGUUGCUACACUGUCUCACCUGCAACCAGAGUACAACCUUCCUGUCUCACUGCUUCAGCACACUGCGAGCACUCGUCGUCAAGUUUGGUGACCUGUUAUUUGAAGAGGAAGCCGAGCAGUGUGCAGACCUGUGUCAGAAGGUGCUCCAGCACUGUAGCAGUCCUGUGGAUGGAAAUAGAAGCCAGGCCUGCGCUACCCUAUACCUCAUCAUGAGAUACAGCUUCAGCUCAGCCAAUAACUUCUCCCGGGUGAAGAUGCAGGUGACUAUGUCUCUAGCCUCUCUGGUGGGGAAGUCCUCGGACUUCCAUGAGGAGUACCUCCGCAGGUCCCUACGCACCAUACUGGCCUAUGCAGAGGAGGACACAGAGAUGCAGAACACACCGCUGCCCUCACAGGUGGAUGAGCUGCUGAGGAACUUAAACAGUAUCCUGUCAGACACGGUGAAGAUGAGAGAGUUCCAGGAAGACCCAGAGAUGCUCAUGGACCUCAUGUACAGGAUAGCGAAGGGUUACCAGACGUCUCCUGACCUGAGGUUGACCUGGCUGCAGAACAUGGCGGAAAAACACAAGAACAGGAAGUGUUUUACCGAGUCGGCCAUGUGUCUGGUCCAUGCUGCAGCCCUGGUGGCUGAAUACCUCAGCAUGCUGGAGGACCACAAAUACCUACCUGUGGGCAGUGUCACCUUUCAGAACAUCUCUCCCAAUGUGCUGGAGGAGUCCGCGGUAUCAGAUGACAUACUGUCCCCAGAUGAGGACGGUGUCUGUUCAGGACAAUACUUCACCACCAGUGGUCUGGUGGGCCUACUGAAGCAGGCUGCGGAACUCUUCAGCAACGGUGGUCUGUAUGAGACAGUGAAUGAAGUGUAUAAGAUCAUAAUGCCUGUUCUGGAGGCUCACAGAGAUUUCCGGGAGCUGGUCUCUACUCACGAGAAACUCCAGAGAGCCUUCGACAACAUCAUUCAGAAGGGCCAUAAGAGGAUGUUUGGGACGUAUUUCCGCGUGGGUUUUUAUGGGGCCAAGUUUGGAGACCUGGACGAACAGGAGUUUGUUUACAAGGAGCCAGGGAUCACCCACCUGCCAGAGAUAUCCCACAGACUGGAGAACUUCUACAGUCAGUGUUUUGGCGAUGCCCUGGAGAUGAUCAAAGACUCCAAAGACAUAGACAGAAGCAAACUGGAUGCUAACAAGGCCUACAUACAGAUCACCUACGUGGAGCCCUUCUUUGAUGACUAUGAGAUGAAAGACCGCCUGACCAACUUUGAGAAGAACUUCAACUUGCGUCGCUUCAUGUACACCACGCCCUUCACAAAGGCCGGGCGGCCACGUGGUGAGCUCAACGAGCAGUACAAGAGAAAGACCAUCCUCACCACCAUGCACACCUUCCCCUACAUCAAGACACGCAUCAACGUCAUCCAGAAAGAAGAGUUUGACCUGACUCCCAUUGAGGUGGCCAUCGAGGACAUGCAGAAGAAGACCAGGGAGUUAGCAGUAGCCACACACAGGGAGCGUCCCGAUGCUAAGAUGCUCCAGAUGCUUCUACAGGGCUCUGUGGGAGCCACCGUCAACCAGGGACCGUUGGAGGUGGCCCAGGUCUUUCUGAAUGAGAUCCCAGCAGACCCCAAGCUCUUCCGCCACCACAACAAACUGCGCCUGUGUUUCAAAGAGUUCAUCAUGAGGUGUGGUGAGGCUGUGGAGAAGAACAAGCACCUGAUCACGUUAGACCAGAAGGAGUACCAACAGGAGUUGAAGAAGAACUACAACCGUCUGAGAGAGAACCUGCGUCCCAUGCUGGAGAGGAAGAUACCCGAGCUCUACAAACCCAUCAAACCACGCCUGGUGAACAGGGAUUCCGUCAAGCGGCUCAGUUUCCGCAGAGCACCUGAGGAAAUCUCCUGAGACGGCCAGACAGACUUCUCUAUCUGAGGGAAUGCUCCAGAGGCCAGAGAAAAAAGGAUGCUGUAAAAGUAGAAAAGGCGGCAAAGGGAAGAGGGAGAGCAGAAGGGAGCUAGCAGUCCUCAUUCACCAUGGAAGAGCAGUACUGUACACAUGAUUACACGGAGGACUUACAAUAAUAUCUGAAUCAAUAACACAACAUUGCUAGUUCUCUUGAGUUCUAUGAUUACUGCUAGUCCUAACGAUGCUGCAAACUACUGUGGGUUUGAGAAAGACGAGUACAAGUUCCACAUUUAAGGGAUACUUCAGGAUGUUGGCAAUGAAGCCCUUUAUCUACUUCCCCAGAGUCAAAUGAACUUGUGGACACCAUUUUUAUGCCUCUGUGUGCAGCUUGAAGGAAGUUGCUAACUAGCGUUAGUUCAACUGCCAACUAGCGUUAGCGCAAUGACUUGAUGUCUUUGGUAACUGUUGGCAUGCUAGUAGAUGGGUCAAAGACGUAUAAGGUUUUCAAAGUAGCAAAAAAACAAAACAGCAAUUACAAUUCCUUAAAAGGCUUUUUUAAAUGUUAAUUGGAGUGUCACCUAUGCCCAUAUUAGUUAUAUUCAAGAAUAAAGCCAAUAAUUAAUUUUUAUUGUGAUUUCAAAUAAAUGUACCUUACUGUUUUUUAUUUGAUACAUUUUUUUGCCCAUUUUUCAUAAUCACAAGGUUAAAUAUCCAUGCUUAGACUGGCAGAAAUAGAACUACCCCGAAAAAAAUACAUUUUAUUUUGAAUACCACAUAUGUGAUGUGCCACGGGUACAACUCAAAAUAUGUUGCAGGUUUUUUACAAAAACCUCCUGCCUUACACUGAAAAAAAUGCAAAAAUCUAUGAAAAUAUCUUUAAUUCAUGCUUUGAGAUUUUUGUCUCUGAGUCAACAAAACAAAGUUAUUGUAUUUUAAUAUAAAAUACUGGUGUUAUACUCUAUGAAAAUAUUUUGUUACCCUGAAUGACACUGGCACAGAAUAGGAUUUGCAUCCAUUAAAUAUUAUUAAUCUAUUAAUAGUAGGCUAUACUAUGAUAACACUGAAUCAAAGUUUAAAAGUUAAAUCAACUCCCUCUCCCUUUCUCUCUCAAACAUGGUUUGUUACUAUUUUGUUGCUAAUGUUAAUAAUAAUAAUUUUACUAUAAUUUGAGAAUGUGGCAACACUUUACGUUGCAUUAAGUUGCAUUAUUGCACGAUUAUUACAUGAUAGUUAAUGUUGUAAUUAUGCAUUGUUACACUCUAACUGGUAAAUGUAUAUUCAAUGCAGGUACACAAAUGCAAUUUCAAGAUGCCUACACAAAAUGGCUACAUAAAAUGCUCAUCAACCUACUUCAAUUCAAACUUGUAUAGUCUAGAUAUUUCAUAAAGUGUCCCAUAUGCGAAGCAGCUAUUAAUGAUUAUAAUUCAUGAUCCAUUUGGAAUCCAUAAUUAUGUGUGGGUGUGCAUAAUAUUAUAUUAACCAAUAUAAUCCAUCAGUUAUACCUUAACUGCGAUGCAAUAAAACAUAACUACAGUGUAAUAAUGUAACUUAAUGUUAAGCGUUAUCCACCCAGAUUUAUAUCCUAUUAUAUCCUAUUCUGUUGCUGACAGUAGCAUGAAAACAAUACCUUUUGUAUUUGCAUUUAUUAUGGUUCCCCAUUAGCUGCUGACAAACAGCAGCUACUCUUCCUGGUGUCCAACAAAAUUAAGGCAGAUUAUACCAUUUUAAAAACAUUACAAUACAUUCACAGAUUUCACAACACACUGUGUGCCCUCAGGCCCCUUCUCCACAACUACCACAUAUCUACAGUACUAAAUCCAUGUGUAUGUAUAGUGCGUAUGUUAUCGUAUGCAUGUGUCUGUGCCAAUGUUUGUUGUUUCACAGUCCCCGCUGUUCCACAAGGUGUUUUUCUAUCUAAUUUUACUGCUUGUGUCAGUUACUUGAUGCGGAAUAGAGUUCCAUGUAGUCAUGGCUCUAUGUAGUACUGUGUGCCUCCCAUAGUCUGUUAUGGACUUGGGGACUGUGAAGAGAUCUCUUGUGGGGUAUGCAUGGGUGCAAGCUGUGUGCCAGUAGUUUAGACAGACAGCUCGGUGCAGUCAACAUGUCAAUACCUCUCCUAAAUAAAAGUAGUGAUGAAGUCAAUCUCUCCUCCACUUUGAGCCAGGAGAGAUUGACAUGCAUAUGAUUAAUAUUAGCUCUCUGUGUACAUCCAAGGGCCAGCUGUGCUGCCCUGUUCUUUUCAUUUUAUUUUUUUGUGGCACCUGACCACACGACUGAACAGUAGUCAAGGCGCGACAAAACUAGGGCCUGUCGGACCUGCUUUGUUGAUAGUGUUGUUAAGAAGGCAGAGCAUUGCUUUAUUAUAUACAGACUUCUCCCCAUCUUAGCUACUACUGCAUCAAUAUGUUUUGACCAUGACAGUUUACAAUCUAGGGUUACUCCAAGCAGUUUUGUCAUCUCAACUUGCUCAAUUUCCAAAUGAUGUAUUACAAGAUUUAAUUGAGGUUUAGGGUUUAGUGAGUGUUUUGUUCCAGAUACAAUGCUAUAAAUAUUUAGGGCUAACUUAUUCCUUGCCAACCACUCUGAAACUAACUGCAGCUCUUUGAGUGUUGCAGUCAUUUCAGUCACUGUAGUAGCUGAUGUGUAUAGUGUUGAGUCAUCCGCAUACAUAGACACUCUGGCUUUACUCAGGGUCAGUGGUAUGUCAUUACUAAAAAUGGAAAAAAGCAAGGGGCCUAAACAGCUACUCUGGGGAAUUCCUGAUUCUACCUGGAUUAUGUUGGAGAGGCUUCCAUUAAAGAACACCCUCUGUGUUCUGUUAGACAAGUAACUCUUUAUCCACAUUAUAGCAGUGGGUGUAAAGCCAUAACACGUACGUUUUUCCAGCAGCAGACUAUCAAUAAUGUCAAAAGCUGCACUGAAGUCCAACAAGACACAAUCAUUUUAUCAUCAAUUUCUCUCAGCCAAUCAUCAGUCAUUUGUGUAAGUGCUGUGCUUGUUGAGUGUCCUUCCCUGUAGGCAUACUGAAAUUCUGUUGUCAAUUUAUUUACUUUACUGAAUGACAUUGAUGAAGCGCGGAAGUCCGGACAAAAGUUAUUCAAGUUAAAUAUUUUUUAGAUACAGUAUGUCGCCCAUUAUUCUAUAUAUUGUUGCAAACACUAACACAAUUAUGCCAUGGGUGUUCAUUUACAUUUUUAGGAUGAAUUUCUACAUUUUAAAAACACUUUUGUCAUUCAAAUUUUAACCUGGACAGUUACACUGAAGGAUAUUUUGUCACUUUAGAGCUCAUUAACUCACUUAAUUUAAUAGUUUGCAACACAAAUAUUUCUGGGUCAAAAGAAGGGUAAGAGUUGUGUGAUUUAAUAUUAUAUAUGUCUUUUUAUGUUAAAUGAAUGGCCUUUGGACACAAAAUGUACAUGUCUCGUCAUUGACCCAGAUACCAGUAAUUGCGGUAAGGCUAGUUAGAAUUGGCUCGCAAAACUACCUCCAGCUUCCUUCAUACUGGAUGCAAAGACAUAAAAAUGGUGGUAUCCAUGAGUUCAUCUGACUGAGGAAGUAGAUAAAGGGCUUCAUUGUCAAAAUCCCAAAGUAUCCCUUUAAGGUCCUUGCAGGUCCAGGGAAGUGUGUGUGUGUGUGUGUGUGUGUGGACGUGUUCAGUUAUUCUUGUGGGGACCAGAAAUCCCUGCAAGAAUAGUAAACAAACAAAAAUUUGACCAACUGGGGACAUUUUAUUAGUCCCCACAAGGUCAAAUUUCUAGGGGGUUUAGGGUUAAGGUUAGAAUUAGUGUUAGAACUAUGUUAAGGGUUAGGAGCUAGGGUUAGGGGUUAAGGUUAGGUUUUUGGGUUAAGGUUAGGGGAAGAGUACGGAUUAGGUUUAGGGGUUAGGGAAAAUAUGAUUUUGAAUGGGGUAGAAUUGUGUGUCCCCACAUGGUUAGCUGUGCAAGACUGUGUGUGUUUACUUUUUGUUAUUGUCCUGAUAAAUCACUCUGUUCUGACUCGUGACUGAUGAUAAAUCACUCUGUUCUGACUCGUGACUGAUGAUAAAUCACUCUGUUCUCCAAUUUAUGAUCAAUAACUGAUGAUAAUUUACUCUGUUCUCUGCAAAGGGGAAUCUGUACUUGCACUCGUAUGUGUACAACCCUACAGACUCUCACACUGUAAACAUGUAGUUCCUCAGUUAACUCGUGAUGCUAGAUUUGUUAUAUAUGUUUGUUAGACAUAAUUGGCUGUGUAGAUACUCAUGGAGAUUAAUUUAUUAUGAGUUCACAAAUUAGUCAUGGUACAUACAGUGCCUUCAGAAUGUAGUCAUACCCUUUAACUUAUUCCACAGUUUGUUGUUGCAGCCUGAAUUCAAAAUUGAUUAAAUAUUUUUUUUUCCUCACCCAUCUACACACAAUAUCCUAUAAUGACAAAGUGAAAACAUGUUUUCAGACAUUUUUGCCAAUUUAUUGAAAAUUAAAUACAGAAUUUUACAGAACACAUCCCUGGGCCUUCAAUGACCUUAAAGGGAUACUUUGGGAUUUUGGCAAUGAAGCCCUUUAUCUACUUACAUAGGUAUUCACACCCCUGAGUCAAGCACCUUUGGCAGUGAUUACAGCUGUGUCUUUCUGGGUCUCUACAAGCUUUACACACCUGGAUUGUGCAACAUUUGCCCAUUAUUCCUUUCAAAAUUCUUCAAGCUCUGUCAAAUUAGUUGUUGAUCAUUGGUAGACAACCAUUUUCAAGACAAGUAGAUUUAAGUCACUGGAACUCUUCUUGGUAAGCAACUCCCGUGUAGAUUAGGCCUUGUGUUUUAGGUUAUUGUCCUGCUGAAAGGUGAAUUCAUCCUCCAGUGUCUGGUGGAAAGCAGACUGAACCAGGUUUUCUAGGAUCUUGCCUGAAAACUCCUCAGUCCUUAACGAUUACAAGCAUACCCAUAACUUGAUACAGCCACCACUGUACUUGAAAAAAUGGAGAGUGGUACUCCGUAAUGUGUUGUAUUGGAUUUGCCCCAAACAUAACACUUUGUUUUGGAAUAUUUUUAUUCUUAGGCUUCAUUCUUUUUACUCUGUCAAUUAGGUUAGUAUUGUGGAGUAACUACAAUGUUGUUGAUCCAUCCUCAGUUGUUUCCUGUCACAGCCAUUAAACUCUGUAACUGUUUUAAAAUGACCAUUGGCCUCAUGAUGAAAUCUCUGAGCGGUUUUCUUUUCUCUCCGGCAACUGAGUUAGGAAGAACGCCUGUAUCUUUGUAGUGACUGGGUGUAUUCAUACACCAUUGAUAGUGUAAUUAAUAAGGGAUAUUCUAUCUUUAUUUUUUCAUUUUAUUUACCCAUCUACCAUUGUUUGCAAAGCAUUGUAAAAUCUCCCUGGUCUUAUGGUUGAAUCUGUGUUUGAAAUUCACUGUUCGACUAAGCAACCUUUACAGAUAAUUGAAUAUGUGGGGUACAGCAAUGAGGUAGUCAUUAAAAAAUCCUGUUAAACCCUGUUAGUCCAUGCAACUUAUUAUGAAUUCAUAUAGGCUUGCCAUAACAAAGCGGUUGAAUACUUGAGACAUUUCAGCUUUUCAUUUUAAUUAAUUUGUAAAAAUGUCCCAAAACAUAAUUCCAUUUUGACAUUAUGGUGUAUUGUGUGUUUGUGUAGGCCAGUGAUUUUUUUUCUUCUGUUCUCUAAAUAAUCCAUUUUACUUUCGGGCUAUAACAAAAACAAAUUGGAAAAAGUCCAAGGGUGAGAAUACUUUCUGAAGGCACUGUAUAACUUAACUAAGGCCACCAACCAAACCCAAGUGGCAUAUCUGGAUUUGCACAGAGAGAAAUAAUAGAUGAAUGUUUACAGUUAUGAUACAUUUUGUAAUUUUCCUAAUGAAAAUAUAUAUUUGAGAUAAUAUACAGUAUCAGUUUAGUUGCCAAUAACAAUAUUGAAACAAUUGUGGUUACUAUGACUGAAUGUGACAAAGUCAAGGCACAUAUCAAUACAGUUAAAAUACUUAUGGAAAAAAAUGAUGUAUUAGGAUGCCAACGUACAAUAUAUUUACUGUAUGAACAAGAUAGGUUUUCAAGUAUGCCCAGGCUCUUAGUCUUGUCUGUUUGUUGACAUCAUGUUGUAGGACCUCAUGCAUUCCAAUAAAGAAAUCCUUUGUAAUACUACUAGGAAAACUCAAUACUCUGAUGCUAAAUACUUAUGGGCAUUCAUUCACAUUCUAUUGUGUUCUGUUACAAUGAAGCUGCAAAGUAGUACAUUAAGGCUGUGUUUACACAGGCAGCCCAAUUCUGAUAUUUUUUCCACUCAUUGGUCUUUUGACCAAUCACAUCAGAUCUUUUCACAUCAGAUCUUUUUCAGAGCUAAUCUGAUAGGUCAGAAUACCAAUGAGUGAAAGGAAAUGAUCCGAAUUGAGCUGACCAUGUAAACGCAGCCUAAGUGACGGUGAGUAUAGGCUACAGUGGUCUAUCAAUAAUCACUGGAAACCUUGUUUUUCCUUUUCAUGUGUUUUUCUUCUUCAGUGCUUUAUUGGAGAUGUGGGAUUUUAGAUCAUUGUCAUGCACACAUCAAUGUCAUGCACAUAUAUCAAUGACAUGCACUUGAAGCAAUUAAACUUAAAAUAUGUCA